AUGGUUUUUAUCAGAGAUGCUAGUGUUUGGCUGCCAGACAAAGAAUUUUAUGAAAAGUUCAAGAAACCCAUUCUAUAUCCUGAUGAGAAUACGUCAAAAUGGGUCCUUCCCCCAUUCAAUCAAAGAGCUAUACCGAAGGAGAAAAAGGUUCAAAAUAUCACAAUGAACUUUGGACCUCAGCAUCCUGCAGCCCAUGGUGUACUUCGACUUGUGUUGACUCUUGAUGGGGAAACAGUAGUGAGAGCUGACCCACACAUUGGACUUUUGCACAGAGCAACAGAAAAGCUCAUUGAAAAUAAAACUUAUCUCCAGGCAUUGCCGUAUUUCGAUAGACUGGAUUACAUGUCUAUGAUGUGCAAUGAGCAGGCGUUCUCCCUGGCUGUUGAGAAAUUACUCAACAUUGACAUUCCCAUCAGGGCAAAAUGGAUUAGAACACUAUUUGGCGAACUAACUCGAAUCAUGAACCACUUGCUCGGAGUUGCUGCUCAUGCCCUCGAUAUUGGAGCCAUGACCCCUCUCUUCUGGAUGUUUGAAGAAAGAGAGAAGAUGAUGGAGUUUUAUGAGAGAGUCUCAGGAGCCCGGAUGCAUGCAGCUUACAUCAGGCCAGGAGGUGUAGAUCGAGAUUUACCACUUGGUUUGAUGGAUGACAUAUUCAAGUGGGCUCAAAUCUUCCCGCAAGUCAUUAAUGAAGUUGAUGAUUUGUUGACUGAAAAUCGAAUUUGGAAGCAGCGCACGAUGGACAUUGGGGUUAUAUCUGCCUCAGAUGCUCUCAAUUAUGGAUUCAGUGGCGUUAUGUUGCGGGGAUCGGGAAUAAAGUGGGAUCUAAGGAAAGUUCAACCAUACGAUGCGUACGAUUUAGUGGAGUUUGAUGUUCCUAUUGGCAAGAAAGGAGAUUGUUAUGACAGAUAUCUAAUACGUAUGGAAGAAUUACGACAAAGUUUGAGGAUUGUUCUACAAUGUUUGGACAAGAUGCCAGCUGGAGAAGUCAGAAUCGAUGAUUGCAAGGUUGCCCCGCCUAAAAGAGCCGAAAUGAAGUCAUCCAUGGAAGCACUAAUUCACCAUUUCAAACUUUACUCGGAAGGCUAUCAAGUCCCUCCUGGUUCCACAUACACAGCCAUUGAGGCUCCUAAGGGUGAAUUUGGUGUAUAUUUAGUAUCAGAUGGAUCAAGCAGACCGUACAGAUGCAAAAUUAAAGCACCUGGAUUUGCUCACCUGGCUGGUCUCCAUAAAUUAACUAAAGGACUAAUGUUGGCAGAUGUGGUCACCGCCAUUGGUACCAUUGAUGCCGUGUUUGGAGAAAUUGAUAGAUAA